AUGGCUAAAUCCAACAUUUUGAUCUACAUUCUCCGCCAUGACCUACGCCUGUCAGACAAUCCAAUCUUCCAUCGGCUUGCGACCCAGGGUGAUCAUGGCUUCACGCAUCUCCUACCGGUCUACGUCUUUCCGGCACAGCAAAUCGAGGUCUCCGGAUUCCUGAAAGCCGGCAGUACUUCCCCUUACCCCGAGGCGAGAAGCGCAGUGAGCAAAGUCUGGAGGACAGGCCCGCACCGAGCAAAGUUCAUCACCCAGUCCGUGUGGGACCUGAAGCAAUCUCUCGAGUCUGUCGGUAGCGGGCUGGUAAUUCGGGUGGGCCUGGUCGCCGACGUCGUCAAGGGCUUGUUGGACGGCUUUAGAGAUCGGGAGGACAGUGUUGGUGCUGUGUGGAUGACUGGCGAGGAAGGAGUCGAAGAGCGCAGAGACCAGAGGGCUGUUUCUGCAGUCUGCAAGGAGCUUGGCACCGAUUUCAAGCUCUGGUCAGAUGAGAAAUACUAUGUUGACGAGUCAGUAAUUUACGAGGAUGGGACAGACCCUGAUUACAAAGACGCGAAUGGAUUUGGGAACGGCGAAAAUGAUGGGACGAGUGCUGUACGCUUCGAGUUGCUAUGGAGAGACUACAUGCGGCUCUGCACAAUGAAGUUCGGAGCCCGACUGUUCCGUAUCGAAGGCUUUCGAGACCACGACUACGAUGGAGAGGGCGAAGCCAGUGCGAAGAGGCCAAAGUGGAAGUCCUCUGUCAAGGAGGACGCCCUGCCAGACCAGGAGCCGAGUCCAGACGAGGUUGCGGAGAUCAUUCAGAGGUUCAACACGGGCACAACUGGCAUGGGCCUGAUCGAUGCAUCGCAGCGUGAAUUGCUGCACACGGGCUACACAUCCAACAGAGCAAGGCAGAAUGUCGCAUCGUUUCUCACAAAACACCUGGGAAUUGACUGGAGAUUUGGCGCGGAAUGGUACGAGAUGAUGCUGGUGGACUACGACGUGUCGUCCAACUGGGCAAAUUGGCAGUACGUUGCGGGUGUUGGGAACGACCCCAGGGGUGAGGCUCGCAUCUUCAACCCGGUUAAGCAGGCCUUCGACUACGACAAGGAGGGAGCUUAUGUGAAGACAUGGGUUCAGGAGGUUAAGGCCCUCGAGAAGCUCGAAAAUGUCUUCCAGGUUUCCACCACAUCCGCCGAGGAGCUUGAGAAAGCAGGUCUGACGGGCAACAUCAUGGUCACGGACCCGGUAAAGCGGAUCGAGUUCCUUGUCGACGGCAAACCGAAGAACAAUAAGCGACCGUUCCACCGAGCACGUGGCUCGCGCCGACCGCCCAGCGCCGGCGGCUUCGACAGCAACGGGCGACCACUCAAUCAGUCCAACGGCGCGACCGGCCCAGGAAGUUCAGAUGGGAGUACCGGCCUCAGGGGCUCUCCGCACCGCGGCCCUCGUGGCGGGGGCUACAACAACGGCGGACCGCGCCGCGGCUUCUACGGCGGACGCGGCAGGGGCCAAUACGCCGGCCCGAACUACGCCGCUGGCUAUUUCGGCGGGCCUCCCGUCAACGGGCAGAUGGGCAACUUCGGCCGCGGCGCUUACCACAACAUGGCCGCCAGGGGUGGCUUCCAAGGCGGAUACCCAGCGCCUUACCCUACUGGCCCUCCGUCGUAA